AUGGCUCCUCCGACGUACGCUGGCAUGUCGGGCAAGCCCUUGUCGUUGACGGUUUCGACCAUCGCGACCAUGGGCUUCCUGCUUUUCGGUUAUGACCAGGGCGUUAUGUCCGGUAUCAUUAGUGACCCUUCCUUUAACGGUGUCUUUACCGCAACCAAGGAUGACAGUGUCAUGCAAGCUCUGGUCACCGCCGUCUACGAACUGGGUUGUUUGGCCGGUGCCAUCUGGGCCCUUGUCUUCGGUGACAAGAUGGGACGUCGAUGGAUGAUUUUUUCCGGCGCCAUCGUUAUGAUCGUUGGUGUGAUUAUCCAGGUUACCUCGUUUGUCGACCACAUUCCUCUCCUACAAUUCUUCGUUGGCCGUGUCAUUACUGGUAUCGGCAAUGGCAUGAAUACCUCGACGAUUCCCACCUACCAGGCUGAGUGCUCCAAGACGACCAAUCGUGGUCUGUUGAUCUGUAUUGAGGGUGGUGUCAUUGCAAUUGGUACUAUGAUUGCCUACUGGAUUGACUUUGGCGCUCACUACGGCCCGACGGAUUUGGUGUGGCGUUUCCCUAUUGCCUUCCAGAUUUUCUUUGGCAUUAUCAUCAUUGUUGGCAUGUGGUAUCUUCCUGAUUCUCCUCGGUACUUGAUCUCCAGGGGUAAAGUUGAGGAAGGUGAGAAGGUGCUGGCUGCUCUUAGUGGUCGCGAGAUUCACGACCACGAGACACAACUUCAGAAGCAGCUGGUUUUGGAAUCACUUGAAGCAUCUGGCGCUGGCGAAGAGACCAAGUUCUCUGAUUUGAUUACCGGUGGCCGUUCCCAGCACUUCCGUCGUAUGCUUAUCGGUUCUUCCUCGCAGAUCUUCCAGCAGCUCAGUGGUUGCAAUGCAGUCAUCUACUACCUGCCCGUCCUUCUGGAGAACUCUCUGGGUGAAGACCAUGACUUUGCCCUACUGAUUGGCGGCGUCAACAUGAUUGUCUACGCUAUUUUCGCCACAUUCUCCUGGUUCUUCAUUGAAAAGAUUGGCCGUCGCAAGCUCUUCCUCUACGGUUCCUGGAUCCAGUUCAUCUCCAUGACCAUCACCUUCGCCUGUCUCAUUCCCAAUAGCGACGGCGCUAAGAAGGGCGCCGUGUUCGGCCUGUUCCUGUACAUGGCCUGCUUCGGCGCCACAUGGCUCCCUCUCCCCUGGUUGUACCCUGCCGAACUCUCGCCGAUCAAGACCCGUGCGAAGGCCAACGCCGUCUCCACCUGCAGCAACUGGCUGUUCAACUUCACCGUCGUCAUGAUCACCCCCGUUAUGGUUGAUCGGAUCCAGUGGGGAACGUACCUCUUCUUCGCAGCCCUCAACGCCUUGUUCAUUCCUGUUAUCUACUUCUUCUACCCUGAGACAGCAAACCGCAGUCUGGAGGAGAUCGAUUUGAUCUUCGCCAAGGGGUUUGUCGAGAACAUGUCCUAUGUCACUGCUGCCAAGGAGUUGCCCAAGUUAUCCGACGAGGAGGUCGAGGCCAUGAACAACGAGUUUGGUAUUGGCAGCGACGACUCGCAUGGUAGCGGUGGUUCUUCUGAUGAGGUUGCUACUGAGAAGGGGGCUACUCAGCACCAGCAGGUGACUGGGGAAGCUUAA